CAGUGUUCGAAAUCUAUUGCGAAACUUCCAUUUGCCUGAUUUGUGAAAUUGUCAGCAGAAGAACAUCGGAUUUUGACGACAACCAAGUGUUCGCGUGUGUAACGACGAGUGGAUUUUUUAGUUCCUUGGUUUUUAGGGAAUAUUUUCGCCAGUGAGGGCAGAAUUUAAGUAAAAAGUACCUGAUACUGAGCACGCAAACGGGUUUUGUGGCCAAUUUUGGGCGGAGGGACAACAGUAAAAGCCGCGUGUACUGAGCACACGGAUCCAAAGUGGAUUCAUCUGCAGCAGGGAGGGCAUAGAUAAGUAAUAGCUGUACUAGUAUCAUAGCAUACGCAGCGAAAGAAACUACGCAAAAGAGGAAUUAAAAAGCAGCCGCAGCCGUGAAAGUGACGAAGCAUUAGAAACUUGACAAGACGUUGCGGAGGGGGUUGUAGCGGCGGCCGUAAUAGCAAAAGCAAAUUGAAAAUAAAGUGGUUAAUAGCGUCUUAGGCGAAAAGAGCAACAACAACAACAACAUAAAAAGUACAACGAUAGUAACGACUCAUUGUGACGCUGACAACGUGGUUUUGGUGUUCUUUUUUGUUUUUGUUUUUAUUUGGAAAUGUCGGCAGAUCCGCAAACGCCUCUUUCACAAAUUUGGCAAGGAGUAUUUCAAAGCGCACUGGAUACUGCAAUAGCAGAUGAAAAGCAUCAGCAGCAAACCACUUUUCAAGCCAGUGCGUUUCCUCACAAUCCUGGAACAACUAUGAAUGGGAGUAGAAGCAAUAAUAGUGUUGCUUCAGCUGGCGGGCCCGGAGAGACAGGAAAUAAUAAUUAUGUUAAUUUUAAUCAAUUCAUCAUGCAGCAUAAUCUAUUAGGCAGCAAUAAUGGUUUUGGUCAUAAUGGAGCUGACAUUCUAAUCAGUAAUGGCAAUGAAAAUGUUGGUGCUGUUGGCGGUAGCAGCGGUAACGCAACAAACGCAUCUGCCACACAAGUUAACGUCAACGGUGGUGGUGGUGGUAUCGCACAAGAGAGUGUUAAUAAUGAUUACUUCAAUUUCGUCGACACAAUGAGUAAUAAAAUACAAACUGGAUCAGGCAGAGAUGAUGCACUCGUAGAAAGCAGCCCGCAACCGACAAAUCUUUUCUCCAAUAGUCUAUUUUCUCCGUAUAACAACAGCAGUAGCCUUUACUCAAACAACGACCUUAGCGGUGGCGGCUACAACGCAUAUAAUAAUCCAAAUACAAAUUUUAAUUACUUCGACAACAUUUACACGCCUUUUGGUAAUACUGGCGGCUAUUAUAUGAACCCGUUUGCCACUGGCUUCGAUUUUAAUGCAUCAAAUUUGCAAGCGUCUGCUCCUGAAUUUGUGCCACGUUUCAACAAUCUCAGUUUGAACGAGGAGAAGUUCGAAAACUUUACACAAAACAGUCAAGGAGUUGAUGAAGCUGCAGGUAGCGUUGCAAAAGAGGAUCCAAAGAAUUUUAAAACGCCCCCUAUCAAUGAAGAAAAUCACUACGUACUUUGUCAAGAGCAAAAUGUACAUAAGGCAUUUAACGGUGUUGUCGGUGGUGCUUUUGCUACUUCAGGUAUUGAAGAUUCUGGUCGUGAUAACGCUCCGCUGACCUCUACUAUAGAUAAUAAUGCAACACUGAAUUUAGUAAAAACUGAUUUGAGUGCCAAUUCUUCAAUGCCGGCACAACAGCAACAAAAAACGGGCACAAAAGCGGAGCAUGGUGCAGAUAUGCUCGAAAACAACCGCCAAAGUAAUGGCACAAAUAUAAUAGCAAACACUAACUUGUUUAAUCCACAUUCAACUGCUUCUCCAUCCUCGUCUGUUGGUGGUGCCGUCUCGCGUUAUACUGGCUCCGCAAAUAAGCAACACCUUUCCAGCGGUAAUGGUUCACGAGGUUCAUCAUCGAAUGGGUUUUCCAGAAAUGGCAAUGAUUACAAUAGUUCACCACACAACCACGAACGCAGUGCAGGUGGUGCUGGCAGCGCUAGUAAGCACAACAAUGAUGGUCUAGAGAAGUCGGAAAAACCUUCUGCGCGUGCUGAGCGCGAACGGGAGCGUGAUCGAGAUGCACGUCGUUAUCAAAAUGGGCGCCGUUCUGUUGACUAUCAUCGCAGCAAUAAGCGGCGCGAUGAUUGGAAUCGCAAUCGUGAUCGUAUAAAUGGUUUUCGCGUGGAAGAGAAAUACUCGACGGAUAAUGGAAAAGAUAGUCCGCUACCGUCACCGGAAAAGAAACCUUCGCCAAAAAAAGUCUACCCGGAGAAUGAGAAGUUAUCGCAACGUGAAAAACUCAUACGCGACAUUGAGACACGUCGUUUGGAGUGUUUGGUUUGCGUUGAGCCCAUCAAAGCACACCAUGGCGUUUGGUCCUGUAACAACUGCUAUCACGUACUUCAUCUACAAUGCAUCAUCAAAUGGGCUUCAUCAUCGAAAUCAGAUGACGGCUGGCGUUGUCCCGCCUGUCAAAAUGUCGUUAAGGAGGUACCACGCGACUAUUAUUGCUUCUGCGGAAAGGUCAAGAAUCCACCAUACACUCGUCAUGAUAUCGCACAUUCAUGUGGUGACACCUGCCGUCGUGUUGAAGGUUGUGUACACGCUUGCACCCUACUCUGCCAUCCAGGCCCAUGCCCACCAUGUCAGGCUUAUGUGAAGCGUGAAUGCGGCUGUGGCAAGACAACCAAAACAAUGCAAUGUUGCGUUAAAGAGGCCAUUGAGUGCGAUUCUAUUUGUGGAAAAUUAUUGAACUGUGAGCUCCACACAUGUCCGGCUAAGUGCCACGAUGGCAAGUGCUCACCAUGCACCGAGAAGGUGGAUCAACAGUGUCACUGUGCCAAGCAGGAGCGUCAAGUCGCUUGCACACGCGACUCACAUGAUAAGCACGCCUACUCUUGUGGCAAGCCGUGCGGCAAAGAUUUGGCUUGCGGCAAUCACAAGUGCAAGGACUGUUGUCAUCCUGGUGAAUGUCGCACAUGCAAACUAAGUCCCGAAAUGGUCACUUCGUGCCCGUGCGGCAAAAUGCCUAUUGUAGCUGGUCAAAGAAAGUCCUGUUUGGAUCCAAUAUUAGUUUGUGAGGGCGUGUGCGGCAAGACACUGCGUUGUGGUAAGCCUGCACAUCCUCAUCAUUGCACUAGCAAAUGUCACCUGGGUAACUGCCCACCAUGCAACAAACAGACGGCUGUCAAAUGUCGUUGCGGUCACAUGGACCAACUUAUCAAGUGCCGCCAGCUGUCAACGCGCGCCGACGAUGCACGCUGCAAGAAGCGCUGCGUUAAAAAACGUUCAUGUGGCAAACAUAAAUGCAACCAGGAAUGCUGCAUCGAUAUCGAUCACAUCUGCCCAUUGCCCUGCAACUAUACACUAUCAUGUGGCAAACACAAAUGCGACCAACCCUGCCACCGCGGCAACUGCCCGCCUUGUUAUCGUUCCUCUUUCGAGGAGCUGUACUGUGAAUGUGGCGCCGAAGUCAUCUAUCCACCAGUGCCGUGUGGCACCAAAAGGCCGGCCUGUAAGCGCCCUUGCUCGCGCACCCAUCCCUGUCAACAUCCACCCCAGCACAACUGCCACUCGGCGGCCAAUUGCCCACCAUGCAUGAUGUUCACCACCAAAUGGUGUUUUGGCCAGCACGAGCAGCGCAAAACCAUUCCAUGCUCACAGGAGAGUUUCAGUUGUGGCUUGGCAUGUGGCAAGGCGCUACCGUGUGGGCGCCACAAGUGUAUUAAGACAUGCCAUGAGGGUGUUUGUCAGACAGCGGGCGAGGUGUGCAAGCAGCACUGCACUAAGUCGCGCGCCACUUGCGGCCACAAGUGCAUGUCGCCAUGCCACGAUGGUGAUUGCCCAGAUACACCGUGCAAGGAAAUGGUUGAAGUUCAAUGCGAUUGCGGCAAUCGUAAACAGAUGCGUUUAUGUCAUGACUUGGCGCGUGAAUUUAGUCGCAUUGCCACUGCCCAAUUGGCUUCUUCGAUGGCUGAAAUGCAACGUGGCAAUUAUAUGGAACUAAGUGAAAUACUCGCUCCCGUUAAAAUUAAUAAGACAAAUAAAACCUUGGACUGCAAUGAAGAAUGCCGUUUGCUCGAACGUAAUCGCCGUCUGGCUAUUGGCCUACAAAUACGCAACCCCGAUGUGCCGCAAAAACUACAAACCAAAUAUUCUGAUUUUAUACGCAAUUUCGCCAAACGUGACCCAACCUUGGUCAAAUCCAUACAUGAUGCUCUAACCAACUUGGUAAAACUCGCCAAGGAGAGCAAACAAAAAUCACGCAGUCACUCAUUCCCCACAAUGAAUAGGGAAAAGAGGCAGCUGGUGCAUGAAAUGUGCGAAAUGUUUGGUGUCGAGUCGGUUGCCUACGAUGCAGAGCCAAAUCGUAACGUGGUAGCUACUGCCUACAAAGACAGGUCUUGGUUGCCCGCCACCAGCAUUAUGGAGGUUAUGCAGCGCGAAUCCGGUCAGCGUCGUGUGCCGGUGCCUAGCAACAACGCCUGGGGUAUCAAAAGAUAAAAUUUUUUUCCUACUAACAAAUGAAUAGUGAAUGCGUAUGCAACAUGCAAGUGAAACAUUGAAUAAAUCGUUUGAAUGUAUGCCGUAUAUUACACUAAACAGAACAAAACAAUAAAGAAAAAUUAGAGAAAACAAAAGAAACGAAACAUUAAUCCAAAAACGUUGAAAAAAAAAUCAAUUCUAAAAUUACCACUUAUAAAUUAAAAAAUAAUGCAUAAAUACAUAGAAAAUGCAAAUACCACAUUAAAAUUAACGAAAAUUUACAACAAAAAAAUAAAAAUAAAAAAGUAAACAAAAAUUCAAAAUAUUGCAAAAUUAUGCGUUCUCCCUAAUUUGCUUGUAUUUUUUCGUAAACUACUUCUAAUUUCCCUGCUAUUUGCUGGCUACUACAAACUGCAUUACUCCUAACAUCCGCACACUUUCACUUGAUUAUCUUUAUUAUACCAUACUUUUCUUACUUACAUACAUCCCUUUCUUUAUAUCGCUGAGUUUGAAUUUGAAAAUAAAUAUUAAUUUUAUUUACAAGACAAUACUACAACAUUACAAAAUACAUACAUACAUACAAACAUAUAUUACAUAAAAUACGGUGGAAGUAGAAUGUGAGCAUAAUAAAAAAAAUAAUAAUUCUUCAGCGAAAUACAUACUUGUGAAAGAUUUGUACACAAAACAAAAAUUAAAAGUAAUAAAAGAGUAAAUUGUGAAUGAAUCAGCCGUAUGAAUCAUAAAUAUAUUCCUGAAUGUAAUGAGAAAUCAAAUUGAAUAAAGUUGUUUAUUAAUAUGUAUGAAUUGCGAAAAUGAAA